AUCCAACAUUUUCUACUCAAGAUAACAUCGUAUUUAUAUUCCACAAUCGUCCAGUUAAUAGUUUAUUACCAAAAUGGACACUCUUUAAACGAUUUCUACAGUUUCGGACAAGCUUACAACCAUUUCCAUGUAGGUGACCGACGAAAUCCGGUUUGCAUUGUUGUGGUUUAGCGGAGUGCCUGGAAACUCCUUGCUGUGGAUCGGGCCUGGUUUAACACAUAACCUAAUCAAGGUGUAUAUAAAGUCACUAUGUCAAUUUUGGGUCUGAAAAAGAAGCAACCAAAGACUUUUAAAGUCAAAGUCAGCACUAUGGAUGCUGAAAUGGAGUUUAGUUGUGAGGUCAAAUGGAAAGGGAAAGAUUUAUUUGACCUGGUAUGCCGGACCAUUGGCCUGAGGGAAACGUGGUUUUUUGGUCUUCGAUACACAGUAAAAGACACAUAUGCCUGGCUGAAGCCUGAUAAACGGGUUUUGGAUCAAGAGGUUCCAAAGGACUCUCCGAUAACAUUUCACUUUCUUGCUAAAUUCUUCCCAGAAAAAGUUGAGGACGAGCUCGUUCAGGAAAUUACUCAGCACCUCUUCUUCUUACAAGUUAAAAAGCAGAUACUAGAUGAGGAGAUAUUUUGUUCUCCAGAAGCCUCCGUUCUUUUAGCCUCAUAUGCUGUUCAAGCCAAGUACGGGGACUACGAUCCAAACUUUCACAAACCAGGUUUCUUAGCUCAAGAUGAACUCUUGCCCAAAAGAGUGUUGAUGCAGUAUCAGAUGACACCAGACAUGUGGGAGGAGAAGAUAACCGCUUGGUAUGCUGAACACAGAAACAUCACAAGGGACGAGGCUGAGAUGGAAUAUCUUAAAAUAGCCCAGGAUCUAGACAUGUAUGGAGUUAGCUACUUUUCGAUUACACAAAAUAAGAGGGACACAGAGCUUCUUCUUGGAGUUGAUGCUCAGGGUCUUCACAUUUACAACCCCAACAACAAGCUGAGCCCUAACAAAUCCUUCCCCUGGAGUGGAAUCCGAAACAUCUCCUACAGCGAGAAAGAGUUUACUAUCAAACCACUGGACAAGAAAAAGGAAGUGUUUAAAUUCUACUCAUCCCAGCUUAGAGUUAACAAACUGAUCUUACAGCUGUGUAUUGGGAACCAUGACCUGUUCAUGAGGAGGAGGAAGGUGGAUUCAAUAGAAGUGCAGCAGAUGAAGGCUCAGGCCAAAGAGGAGAAAGCUAGGAAGAAGGUUGAACGUCAGAUUCUUGCACGGGAGAAGCAGAUGAGAGAGGAAGCAGAGCGAGCGAAAGAAGAGAUGGAGCGGCGUAUGUUUCAGCUGCAAGACGAGGCUCGAAUGGCCAAUGAAGCUCUACUGCGCUCUGAGGAAACAGCCGAUCUUCUGGCGGAGAAAGCCCAGAUCGCUGAGGAGGAGGCCAAGCUGCUGGCCCACAAAGCGGCUGAGGCUGAACAGGAGAGGCAGAGGCUGGAGGUCACGGCUCUUAAAACCAAAGAAGAGAAGAGGCUGAUGGAGCAAAAGAUGAGAGAAGCAGAACAACUGGCCGUUAAGCUUGUUGAGCAGUCAGAGAGGAGGCUAAAAGAGGCAGACCACCUUAAACAAGAUCUGAAUGAAGCUAAAGAUGCAGAACGGAGGGCAAAACAGAAACUUCUAGAAAUCACCAAAACAACAUACCCUUUAAUAGCAGCAUACUCCAACCCUCCUCCACCUGCUGGACCAGAGAGUCCAGAAAUGGCAAUAGAGAUGGGCAACCCCAUCCAAAUGGACUUUAAAGACUCGGACAUGAAGAGACUUUCGAUGGAGAUUGAGAGAGAACGGCUCGAGUAUAUGGAGAAGAGCAAACAUCUUCAAGACCAGCUGAAGGAGCUCAAGUCAGAGAUUGAAUCCCUGAAGCUGGAAGAACAGCAGCAGGCUGGCGUUUACAAUCUCAGAAGUUAUGCAGAACCGCCUUUUAUCCCACCCAGCAAUAGAAACUCUGCCUACAUGGCUCAGAUGGCCUUCUACGAAGAGGUGUGAAAGAACAAUCCGAGCUCUGUUGGAGGAGAGGCAGGGUCUGGAGGAACAGUUUGCAGCUAUCACUGAAGCGUGCAUGUACACCAAAAUAUGCAGCAACCUCAUAUACUGUGCUUUUUGAAAAUUAAUAUAUUUCUCUACCAGCCA